AACCAAAAAUAUCAAAAUAGAAAAGCAUGUGUUUCUGUUUUGGUUUGAAAACUUUGAAAGAAUAGAAGGAAACAAUUUACGUGCAAUGUGAACACAACAAAAUAACGCACAAUAAUGGAAAAUAAUAUGAAUCGCGAACUAGUGGGAGUGCUCUUCCCUGGAAUUGUGAAAAACGACGACAAAGCUAUAGCAUGUUUGGGUGGUAUUAGGAAUAUUUCACAGGUUUACAGCAGCUAUGCAAAGAAACGUCUCGGGUUGUCUUACCAGCCCGAAAAUCCAUUUGUUAGAAAAAUAUAUAGUACUGGCAAAAAAGCAGCUGGAGUUCUUCUUAAGGUCAAAGUAAAGAAGACGAGAGAUGGCACUGAAGUUAAGAGAGAAGUUGUUUCAACAACUAUUGUUGGAUGUGUCAAAACUAUGUUUAGAUUUGAAUCAAUGUGUGAUUUCCAAUACUUACCUGUACACAGAGAAGGGUCUAAUGACGGCCCCCUAACUUGUUCUUUGGAAAAAGUUCUACCUUCAGGGUUAGACACUAUUGAUUUCAUGCUGCAACCAGCACCAUUGCUCCUUAUUCCAUCAAGUUUCACAAGGCUAGAGAAACCAAUCACCUAUACUUACACUGACAAACGGUACCCAGACAGACCAGACCAAGGUGACAAUGUUCACAACAAGACCAGGAGUCUACGUAGUUCUCAAGUAGCUCCCUAUACGUUCAACCUAAUUGAUGACUGGCCUUCUGAACCACAUGAAAGUUAUGUGAAACAAAAGGACCUCAAAUGUGAAUCUAGUCCUCGAAUGGUUGAGGAGUAUGAAACUGUCAAAAAGCUCCUAGAGGAGAGGCCAAUAUGGUCUUUGAACUUAAUUAGGUACCACACAAAGAUCAGGCUGAGUUCACUGAAGAUCAUCAUGCCUUCUCUAGCUCUGUACAUGAAGACUGGACCCUGGAGGUCCAUGUGGGUGCGAUAUGGGUAUGACCCCAGGAAGGACCCAGGCGCUAGAAUAUACCAAACAUUGGACUUCAGGUUGAGGCAUGCAGCGGGCGUACGCUCCAUGAUAGUGCCGCGCGAGGAGAUCACGACGGACCGCGAGCGCGCCGGCCGCAGGAAGCACGCUGACCACGCCUCCGAGGACAUCGCCGAGGGGAGCGUGUACUUCCGCCCCGGCAUGACGCCCACGCAGAGACAUAUAUUCUAUCAGUACUGCGACAUCCAAUUACCCGAAGUGGAAGAGAUAUUAGCAGCUGAGCCUCCUCCCGGGUACAUGUGCCACCAGAAGCGCGGCUGGCUGCCCCCCAACACGGAUGAGAUCUGCCGAGACCAUAUGUUCCGAUAUGUUAAGGAUACGCUCUUCAAUAGCAGCAACCCUGAUUUGAAGUUUGAGGGAGGCAGUGGCAGCGACAGUGAUUCUAACUCGGAUGACGAUACCACGAUCAAUGACGUCGAUGAAUCGUAAAGAAUCAAUAAAUAUCACUUGUAUGUUA